GCCGGUGGAAAGCUUCUCGAAGAAACGGCAAAGAUGAUGCCCACACAGGUAAUCCUGCUGAAGGAGGGGACAGACUCGUCUCAGGGCAUUCCCCAGCUCAUCAGUAACAUCAAUGCCUGCCAGGUCAUUGCCGAGGCUGUCCGGACCACCCUUGGGCCCAGAGGGAUGGACAAACUGAUGGUGGACGGCAGAGGCAAGGCCACAAUCUCCAACGAUGGAGCCACCAUACUGAAACUGUUGGAUGUGGUCCACCCUGCAGCCAAGACCCUGGUGGACAUCGCUCGCUCCCAGGAUGCUGAGGUCGGAGAUGGCACCACCUCUGUCACUCUCCUGGCUGCAGAGUUCCUGAAGCAGCUCAAGCCGUAUGUGGAGGAGGGUCUUCACCCUCAGACCAUCAUCAGAGCCUUCCGCAACGCCACCAACCUCGCCGUCAACAAGAUCAAGGAGAUCGCCGUCCCUGUGAAGAAAGACGAUAAGCAAGAGCAGAGGCAACUGUUGGAGAAGUGUGCGGCCACAGCGCUCAACUCCAAACUCAUUGCUGGUCAGAAGGAUUUCUUCUCCAAGAUGGUGGUGGAUGCCGUCAUGUCUCUGGACGAGCUGCUGUCUCUGAAGAUGAUUGGUAUCAAGAAGGUCCAGGGAGGAGGUCUUGAGGAUUCCCAUUUGAUCUCUGGGGUUGCGUUCAAGAAGACUUUCUCCUACGCCGGGUUUGAGAUGCAGCCUAAGUCCUAUGAGAAUCCAAAGAUUGCACUGCUCAACGUGGAGCUGGAGCUGAAGGCUGAGAAGGACAACGCUGAGGUCCGAGUGAAAUCUGUGGAGGACUACCAGGCCAUCGUGGACGCAGAGUGGAACAUCUUGUACGACAAACUGGAGAAGAUCUAUAAGUCAGGAGCCAAGGUGGUUUUGUCCAAGCUGCCUAUUGGUGAUGUGGCCACCCAGUACUUUGCUGACAGAGACCUGUUCUGCGCCGGUAGAGUCCAGGAGGAGGACCUGAAGAGGACCAUGAUGGCCUGCGGCGGCUCUAUCCAGACCACAGUCAGCUCUAUGACAGACGACGUCCUGGGACAGUGUGAAGUGUUCGAGGAGGUCCAGGUCGGAGGAGAAAGGUAUAACUUCUUUAAGGGCUGUCCCAAGGCCAAGACGUGCACCAUCAUCCUGAGAGGUGGAGCUGAACAGUUCACAGAGGAGACAGAGCGGUCACUGCACGAUGCCAUCAUGAUCGUGCGCAGAGCCAUCAAGAAUGACGCCGUUGUAGCAGGUGGAGGAGCUGUGGAGAUGGAGCUGUCUAAGUACCUGCGGGAUUAUUCCAGGACCAUCCCUGGAAAACAGCAGCUGUUGAUUGGAGCGUACGCCAAGGCCCUGGAGAUCAUCCCCAGACAGCUGUGUGACAACGCCGGCUUUGAUGCCACAAACAUUCUGAACAAACUGCGUGCCAAACACGCACAGGGCGGUAUGUGGUACGGUGUGGACAUCAACAACGAAGACAUCGCAGAUAACUUUGUCGCAUGUGUCUGGGAGCCCUCCAUCGUGCGUAUCAACGCUCUGACAGCAGCAUCCGAGGCAGCUUGCCUCAUCCUGUCAGUGGAUGAGACCAUCAAGAACCCCCGCAGCUCUAUGGAUGGACCUCCAGGGGGCGCCGGCAGGGGCAGAGGGAGACCCCAUGCUCAUUAAAUGAGGCCAGAACAAAACCCAUUUUAACCUAACAUUAAAAUCCAAAUGUAGAUAGAAGAUUGUGUCUUCAGUUACAGAAAAAGGUUUGCCAAUGUAGCUCGGCUUUGUUAACCUGCAUUUGGAUUUGAAUUCUAGAUAAAAUGGUGUGAUGAACCAGUCAAACACACUCAUUGCAAAUGGCAGGUGGAGUGAAACACAAACAAAAGGGGGAAUUUGAACGGGCAGUUAGAAGACAUAGUCAGUGUACUUUUCAUCCACAUUUCAUCUGUUUUCUUUCCUUUUUUCUAGCUGUAGUCUUUUGGUUACUGAGACUUUGGUUUGGUAACUUGUUGAAGCUUCUUAGUGUUAAUGAGCACUGUAAUUUUACUUCUUGUAUGUCUUUUUUACUGAUAAAUGAUGUUCUAGCAGUUCCCCCUUUUGAUUUGAAAGAAACACUCCUCUCCACUUUGAGCCAGUUCUUCUUCUCUGAUCUGAAGGAGCUGUUUCAUAAUUUCUGACCCGGUUUUUUGUUUGUGACAAACUGAUGUGUAACACAGAGAAUAAAGCACUGAAAGGAU